GUGUUUUACCUUCAGGAGAUGGCCUCUUCUAAGUCUUUGAUGAGCCUUUUAACCUUCACUUUUGGAUCAGCAAUAGGAUUUUUCGUAUGCUAUCUCCUGUUCAGCAUUAUACUAGAAGAACAGGUUAAGAUCCAGCCUCAUAUCCUUCACAAUGAUCCACAUGGUCAACACUCGGCAGAUCCUGAUAGCAAUCAGCUGCAAGGACAAAUGAAUUUCAAUGCAGACUCUGGACAACAUAAAGAUGAGGAUAAAAAUAUUGCAGAGGGACUUUAUGAGAAGGUGAAAAUACUGUGUUGGGUCAUGACUGGACCUCAAAAUCUAGAGAAGAAAGCCAAGCAUGUUAAGGCCACUUGGGCCCAACGUUGUAAUAAAAUACUUUUUAUGAGCUCUGAGGAAAAUAAAGACUUCCCAACUGUGGGCCUAGAAACCAAAGAAGGCAGGGACCAACUGUACUGGAAGACUAUUAAAGCUUUUCAAUAUGUAUAUGACCAUUAUUUUGAUGAUGCUGAUUGGUUUAUGAAAGCAGAUGAUGAUACAUAUGUUAUAUUGGACAAUUUGAGAUGGCUUCUUUCAAAAUACAGUCCUGAGCAACCAAUAUACUUCGGAAGAAGGUUUAAGCCUUAUGUGAAACAGGGCUACAUGAGUGGAGGAGCAGGAUAUGUUCUAAGCAAAGAAGCUCUGAAGAGAUUUGUUGCUGCAUUUAAAACGAACAAAUGCUCUCACAGUUCCUCUAUUGAAGACCUAGCACUAGGAAAAUGCAUGGAGAUCAUUAAUGUGGAAGCAGGAGAUUCUAGGGAUACAAGUGGUAGAGAAACCUUUCAUCCCUUCGUUCCAGAACAUCACUUAAUCAGAGGAUACCUUCCAAAAACAUUCUGGUACUGGAAUUAUAAUUAUUAUCCUACUGUAGAGGGUCCUGGAUGCUGCUCCGAUCUAGCAGUUUCAUUCCACUAUGUUGAUUCCGUGACUAUGUAUCAUUUGGAGUAUUUGAUUUAUCAUCUCCGUCCAUAUGGGUAUUUGUAUCGGUACAAUCCUGAUUCGGCAAAGAAUCCAGAAGAACAGAGCAAAAAUGAAGCACUGGAGGACAGUCAAAAGCUAAAGCAAAAAAUUUCCGAGAAUUAA